CUCUUGCAGCUGCAGAGCUGGAUGUUGAUGGUGAUGGUGAUAAUUCUGGGACUCGGAGGAUCGUUUCAGUGCGGGUUUCAGAUUUCUGUCAUGAACGCCCCUUCAGAUCACAUCCAGCGCUUUGUAAACGAGACAUGGCUGAAGCGCUAUGGCACUCCGAUGGCUGAGUCAACUAUCAAACUGAUCUGGUCCAUCAUUGUGUCCAUCUACAGUAUUGGGGCAGUGUUAGGCUCAAUCAGCAGUGGGCAGCUCUCAGUCAAAUACGGCAGAAAAAAUUGUUUGCUGCUCAACAACGUUGUAGGUCUGGUGGCUGCAACCUUGGCAGGAUUAAGCAGGACGGCCGGGUCGUUUGAGAUGAUCAUACUGGGGAGGUUUCUAUACGGAUGCAAUGUAGGUAUUGGUCUCAAUGUACACUUGAUGUAUCUGGUUGAAAGCUCUCCAACGGAACUGCGUGGAUUCAUGUCUCUGAGUAGCUGCGUGUUCAUUGGUCUUGGGAAAUGCUUGGGCCAGGUUUUCGGACUCAAAGAGUUGCUGGGCGGUGAGGAGAUGUGGCCCUACCUGCUGGCGUUCAGUGGCAUCCCAGCCCCGCUCCAGCUCGUUGGCUUGUUCUUCUUCCCCGAUUCCCCACGAUAUCUCUUCAUAGACAAGGGGAAUGAGGAGGGUUGUGUCAGGGCUUUAACGCUGCUUUGGGGUAAAAAGGAUUUCAAGAAGGAGCUGGAGGACAUGGCCAAAGAGAGGGACAAGAUGAAGGGUCAGAAGGCCAAGACGGUUUUGGGGGUGCUUCGAAACAGGUCCGUCCGCUGGCAGAUGCUGACCCUGGUUUUCCCCUGUGCCGGAGUGCAGCUGUGCGGCAUCAACGCAAUCUAUUUCUACGCAUUUGAUAUAUUCAGUGCAGCUGGGAUUCCUGAGGAGCAGAUGCACUACAUGUCAUUAGGGAUCGGGCUGACAGAACUCAUUUCUAUUAUACUAUGUUCAUUUCUAAUAGAACGCAUUGGCAGGAAGAAACUGAUGGGCAUUGGUUAUGCUCUCAUGGCGACGGUGCUGGGAAUUCUGGUUCUAAUGCUCUUCUUGAAGGAUCAAGGACACUGGAUACCCCAUUUCAAUGUAUUCCUCCUCUACAUAUUUAUCUGUAUUUAUGGAUCAGGACCUUCCGGAGCAUCGAUGGCUCUUCCUGCUGACAUGUUUACCCAGGCCUGGAGAGCCCCCGCUUACGUCGUCAUCGGACUGGGCAACUCACUGGGGCUGUUUCUCGUUGGGAUGUGCUUCCCAUUCGUUGUGGUGCUGAUAGGCCAGUUCUGCUUCCUGAUCUUCAUGAUGUACUGUGUCUUAGCAGCUGCCUUCACACUGCUGUUUGUUCCUGAAACCAAGGGAAAAACCAUGCUGGAGAUCGCGGAGGACUUUAACAAACUGAACUUCAAGGGAAGGAGGAGCAAAGUGGAAGGGAUGCAGAAGGAAGACUUUAUCAUUGCCACAAAGUUGUGAGAGGCUACAAGCUAUUAUUUAUCUUGUGUUUCAGCAGCGGAGACUAGUGCAAGCAAGCACCAGAAAUACAGAAGCCUCUGUCACUGUGGAGCUAUAUACUGGUAGAAAGACAGCCAGCUCCGUCUCAGGAGCUGUCAGUAUCAAUGCCACCGAUGGACCAUUGCAGCAGUUUUUGGUGUUUUACACAGGAGACUCCUGCUAAUCUGAAGCAGCGGGGACCGGACCCUGCUCAGAUUAGGGGUGUGUUUGACAUCCCGAUUGUAAUGUGUACUAAAAAUCUUGUGCAGUGUUUGGUUUAUACUUACAUUUCAGACACUGUAAAUGUUGUACAUGCUUCUCAUAGCAUUAUGAUAUUGGAGAUUGGUUUCUACAGCUGUGAUCAGCAUGCAUCUACUCUGUUGUAUUUGUUUUUUUAUUUUGCUGCAUUAUUUACAACAGUUGUAAAAUGUGGCUGUAAAUGAGUGUUGUAUUUUACAUGCUCUGUAAAGAAUUGCAAAUUGUCAUUUAAUAGUUGAAUGUAGCUAUACCUUAAGAGGUGCAAUAGCACAUGUUUCAAAAUUAAUAAACCAGUUAUGACAGUACUGUAUAAUAUCAAUACUAAAAUGUUCUACCCUUUAUUAGCUUCUAUUAGUACAAUUUGUCAACUUUUUUAUUUCCAGCACAAUUUUAAUAUAUUUUUAAUACACACUCUAAAUCAACAAUGUGGGUGCAAUGAGAAAAGUGAGUGUCUGAAGUCAAUCAGACCUAAAUACAAUAGACUGAACAUGUAUAGUACAGGUUUCUUGUAGACACCCACUGAUUCCAGAAGUGAUGCUUUAGUAUUAGUCUUACG